AGCAAAGAGUGUUACAAAUGCCAAAAGAAGGGUCAUUUUGCGAAGAUGUGUCGUUCGGUGCCAAAGCAAAAUGAGAUGUCAAACAGAAGAGUUAGAGGGAUCGCAGCACAUUCGAACGAUGAUUUUGUUAUUGAGGCAGUGUACGGUGAGGAAAACAACGUGGGAAAAGACAAGGAAGCUCUGGCUGUUGUUAACAUAUGGGAUGGUAACGUUCGUGUGAAGUUAGACACAGGAGCAGAAGUCAAUGUUAUGCCCGACAGAGUUUAUCAACAGUUGGUAGAAAAAAACGAUGGUACAAAAAGUGUGCAACUUAAAAACACAGCAAUUAAAUUAACGGGUUACGGAGGAGCAGAGAUACCUGUAAAAGGGACAUGCAUAUUGCCCUGUACGUACAAGACGCAACAAAUAAUGUCGAAGUUCUUCGUAGUCGAAACUAAUUACAGAACAGUCCUCAGUUUAGAAACAUGCAAGCAAUUGAAUCUUAUCAGGGUAAUGCACAGCCUAGUGGUGGACAACUUAGUCAGCGGUUGUUCAACAGAGCAGAUUAAAGAAAAUUACAGCAAAGUUUUUCACGGUCUUGGGAAGCUGGAGGAGUGUUAUCAGAUGCAGUUGGAUCCUAAAGCAGUUCCAGUUGCACAAGCUCCAAGAAAGAUUCCAGCUACGUUACGUGUCAAGUUGAAGCAAGAACUCGAUCAGAUGGAAGAAGAACAAGUCAUUGUUAAAGUCGAUGAGCCUACAGAUUGGGUACAUAAUCCUGUUAUUGUUGAAAAGCCCAAUGGAAAGUUCAGAGUCUGUCUGGAUCCGAGGGAGCUGAACAAAUAUUUAAAGAGAGAGCAAUACCAGUUACCUAUGUGGGAAGAGAUUUCAAGCAGAUUGUAUGGUGCAAGAUUCUUCAGCACGUUAGAUGCUAAUCAAGGGUAUUGGCAGAUAUCACUUGAUCAUGAAAGCUCAAGGCUGACGACAUUCAACACUCCGUUUGGACGGUACCGUUUCCUGAGAAUGCCUUUUGGCAUCCACUCAGCUCAAGAGGUGUUUCAUAAGAGAGUCAACCGUCUAUAUGAGGAUCUGGAAGGAGUUGAGACCGAUAUAGAUGAUAUACUGGUUUGGGGGAGAACGAUCGAAGAACAUGAUCAGAGGUUACAAGCAGCCCUAGACCGAACUAAGAGUAUCGGAAUGACCCUCAACCCUGACAAGUGCACGUUUCGUGUGACAGAGGUAACUUACUUUGGACACAAACUUACGGCAGAGGGUAUACGACCAGAUCAGACGAAGAUCGAGGCAAUUAUCAACAUGCCAGCCCCGCAAGACAAGGCUGGUGUACAAAGGCUACUUGGGAUGGUGAAUUACUUGGCAAAGUUUAUCCCAGAAAUGUCCGAGAUAACUGCACCAUUGAGAGAACUUUUGAAGAUAAACGUUCCUUGGCACUGGACAACGAAACAUGCAACAGCUUUCCAGAAGAUAAAAGAAAUCCUGUCGACAGAUCGCGUUCUGAGAUACUAUGACGUCACGAAACCGGUGGUUCUACAAACAGAUGCUUCAAAAAAAGGGCUUGGGGCAGUUUUACUGCAAGACGGGUUUCCUGUGGCCUAUGCCUCCAGAACGAUGACAACGACACAAGAGAGAUACGCACAGAUAGAAAAAGAGCUGUUGGCUGUGGUUUUCGCAUGUGAGAGAUUCCAUCAAUAUAUUUAUGGAAAAACAGUUGAAGUUCACUCUGACCAUAAACCGCUGGAAAGUAUCCUAAAGAAACCAUUGGGUGCGGCUCCGGCGAGAUUGCAAAGAAUGCUCUUACGCCUGCAGAAAUAUGACAUAAACUUAAUUUACAAACAAGGAAAACUUCUAAAGGUUGCAGACACAUUAUCAAGAGCUCAGCUGGCUGAAACUGCAGAAGAAAUCAGUGAACAAGAGAUGAAAUCCCAGGUUCAUCUCAUUUACGCGAAUCUACCAUGUUCGAGUAGAAUAAUUGAGGAAAUGCGCCAUGAGACAGCACGAGAUCCUGUUUUACAGAAGGUUAUUCAGUUACACAGAGUCGGUUGGCCGCAGUCGAAGAAAGAUUUACCUAAAGAUCUAAAAGAAUAUUGGAACCACAAGUUAGAACUUAAUGAAAACCAAGGCAUCAUUCUUAAAGAUCAGAAAAUAGUGGUACCAUUAGCCUUAAGAAGAAAAAUUCUAGAGAAGUUGCAUCAGGGUCAUCAAGGGAUUGAAAAGACUAAGCAACGGGUGAGACAAACAGUUUUUUGGCCACGUAUUAACAACGAUAUAGAAGAUUUGGUAUCAAAGUGUUCUUAUUGUCAAGAACUAAGAAAUGCUAAUCCGAAAGAACCAAUGAAACCACAUGUAGUUCCACAGUACCCAUGGCAAGUUGUCGGAACGGACAUAUUUCAUUGGCAGGAUAAGGACUAUCUAUUAGUGGUGGACUAUUAUAGCCGAUAUUGGGAAGUGGUGAAACUCACAAAUAUGAAGGCAGAAUAUGUCAUAACUGAAUUGAGAAAGAUAUUUUCCCGUCAUGGGAUUCCAGAAGAAAUAAUGUCUGACAAUGGGCCACAAUAUGCCUCUCGAGAGUUCCAAGAAUUUGCGAAUGCAUGGGACUUCAAACACGUUACAUCAAGCCCAGGGUAUCCUAGAAGGAACGGACUAGCUGAAAGAACGGUGCAAACAGAUAACUUUUAA